GCUUCUGCCUAUCGAUACAUUUGAAAAUUCACCAAACAUUUGCCAACUUUGUUAAUUCUUUUGUGUUUGUUUUUUUGUGUUAUUUCGCCAAGCCGCAAAAUGGAACCCAUGACUCUGGGUAGUCCCGUGAACAGCCCCAACAGCAGCCAGUGCCAGUACCUGCCCCCGUUCCUAAUGGGCGAUCCUCAGGCCAUGACGCCGCACAAGAACACGCUCUCCCCGAAGCCGGGACGCUACAACGUUAGUUUUGCCACAUCACCCACCGGCUCAUCCGCUCACGACUUUAACCGCUCCGGGAUCAACACGUUCUUCGGCCCUGGCGGCGGUCCGCAUGGGUCCGGGGGCCAUGGCCACAGCCCUGCCAAUGUGUCGCUGUCGGGUGUCAGCAGCCACAACCACCAGACAGGGCCACCCACCCAGGGGCUAUUCGAGUCGCUGCGUGAGCAGCAGUACAACACACCGCAGCGCCAUCAUCUGAGCAUGCUGAAUCAGUCACAGAAUCUGAAUCUCAGUCUCAACCAGAGCCAUCAGGACCCGUAUGCGCCCAAUACGCCACGCCCACGGCUCGGUGACUUUUGGGUAACCAUUUUCGGCUAUGUGCCUGGCAGCAGCUCCAUGGUGCUGCAGCACUUCACGCUCUGCGGCACCAUAGUGCAAGUGUCGCAUGCCCCAAAGAAUGGCAACUGGAUGCACGUGCGCUUCUCCUCUCGCAUCGAGAGCGACAAGGCACUGAACUUCAAUCAAAAGAUCAUUGGCGGCAAUGUCAUGGUGGGCGUCACACGCUGCACCGACAAAUCCAUCGUCGACAAGGAGAACAACUGCAACGAGACCUCAGCGACGUCGCUGUCCUUCGGCGAACAGAGUCUGCUGCAGAGUCAAGACACUCCAAAAAUCCGUCCAUUUGUGCAGCAAUUCUACAAAAUGGCACAAAACGAUGCCAAAGUGGUGCCAACCACGGAUAUGCCCACCAAGAGCACCGGACUGGUGAACAAGGCAUUGGAUGUGCUCUUUGGUUGGUGAUUGCUGCUCCCUCCUCCCCAGCCCCCCCGCUACACUGGAGUUCUUUUCGUGUUGGUUGCUUAAACACUGCAUACAUAAAUCCUACACUGCAUACAUACAUACACCCCAUCAUUAUCCCAGAAAUCCCGUACGCAUAGUUCCAGGAGAAACAACUAUCUUUAAAUUAAUAAUUCCAUU